CACUCCACUCCCGUCGGGCCCACUCCACAGCAUGCCGCCACGCGCACACGCAGGGCCCUCGAGCGCCGUGCCGAAGCGCAAGCGCGCCUCGGCUGCCGGUGCCGACGCCGCCAGCGACGCGCCCGUGGACAGCGUCGCAGCCACCGUCGCCGGCGCGGCUGCCGAUGCGCAGCUCGAGCUCAGCAGCGACGACGAGGCAGGCGUGAGCGGCGACGACGAGGCGGACGACGACGACGAGGAGGCAGACGCGUUCCCGGAGAUCGACGAUGCCAGCAGUGCGGCGGGCAGCGAGGGCCCAGAGAGCGCAGAGAGCGACGAGAGCGAGCGCUACGACUCGGAGGACAUUGACAACUGGGACGAGGACGAGGAGGACGCGCUCGCCGACGAGCUUGCGGCCGACUCGGAGACGGAGACGAGCGUGGCGCAGAAGCUCGACUACCUCGUCGCGCGGCACACCGUCAAGCCCGACGAGUCGGCGCCGACGUACAACAAGCUCGGCCUCUCGACGCUCGAGGCGGCGCCCGCGCACUUUGACGCACGCACACGGCAUGCCGACGGCGCUGCGCGCGGCAUCUUCCAGGUGUCCGAGGUGACGGGCAAGGCGAAGCGCGUCUACCCCGCCAUCGAGGCCGACUACGACUCGGACAGCAGCACCGAGGACGCGCCGAACCGCGUCGGCAACGUGCCGAUGGAGUGGUACGACGACCUGCCGCACAUUGGCUACGACGUCGAGGGCCGCAAGGUGAUGCGCCCGGCGACCAAGGACGAGCUCGACAAGUUCCUCGCCACCGUCGAGGACCCCGACGCGUGGAUGUCGGCGCAGGACCGCCUCACGGGGCAGGACGUCAAGCUCACCGACGAGGAGCUCGACAUCAUCCGGCGCCUGCAGAAUGCCGAGAUUCCCGACGGCGCCUACGACCCGUACGCGCCGUGGGACGACUGGUACACGGGCAAGGGCAAGGAGCUCGUCAUGCCGCUCUCCAACCGGCCCGAGCCCAAGAGUCGCUUCGUGCCGUCGAAGUGGGAGCACAAGAAGGUGAUGAAGAUUGUGCGCGCCAUCCGGCAAGGACGCAUCACGCCGCGGGCGCCAGCUGCCGCCCGUCCCGAGUUCUACAACAUCUGGAACGACUCGGACCAGCCGCGUGCGCCGCAUGCGAUGCACAUGCCUGCGCCGAAGGAGGCGCUGCCGGGGCACGGCGAAUCGUACAACCCGCCGGCCGAGUAUCUCUUCUCCACCGACGAGCGCGCCGCCUGGGAGGAGGCCGAGGCGUCGGAGCGCAAGACGAACUACAUGCCCGCCAAGCACGGCGCGCUGCGUCUGGUGCCGGCGUACCAGCAGUCGCUCAAGGAGCGCUUCGAGCGCUGCCUCGACCUCUACAUGGCGCCGCGCGUGCUGCGCAAGCGCCUCGACAUUCCCGACGCAGAGGCGCUGCUUCCCAAGCUGCCGGCGCCGCGCGAGCUGCGGCCAUUCCCGAGCACGGCCGCCGUCGUGUACGCUCACCCGCGCGCAACGCGCGUGCGCUGCCUCGGCAUCGAUCCGAGCGGCGCUUGGCUUGCGACGGGCGCCGAGGACGGUCGCGUGCGGUUGUGGGAUCUCGCGCUGGGCCGCUGCGCUGCCGUGUGGGACCUCUGGGCCGGCGCUCCGGCCGCGGACCGGACGCCGGUGUAUGCGCUGGAGUGGUCGCCGAACCGGGCACACGCCAUCAUCGCCGCCGUCACGACGGAGAAGCUGGUGCUUAUUGCGCCGGCUCAGUGCAGCGCGGGCGAGGGAGGCGCCACUGCGUCGCCCAGCUUCCUCUUUGCCACUGCCGGCUACACGCCCGAGGGCGCGGCCAACACGGCGGGCAAGGCGCCGCCGGCCAAGUGGACGCGUCCCUCGGACGGACAGCGCGCACUGGGCGUCGCGAGCAUCGUCGCGCUGCCUGGCACGGCCAAGAGCGUUGCAUGGCACUCCAAGGGCGACUACAUUGCCACGGUCGCGCCCGACGCACGCUCGGGCGCCGCCGUGCUGAUCCACCAGAUCUCACGGCAACGCACGCAGGCGCCGUUCAGCCGGGCAGGCAAGGGCAGCGCCGUGCAGGCCGUGCUCUUCCACCCGCUGCGCCCGCAUCUCUUCGUCGCCACGCAGCGCCUCGUGCGGGUGUACGACCUCUCCGCGCAGUCCCUGCUGCGCACUCUGCAGCCCGGCGUGCGGUACAUCUCGGGCCUCUCGGUGCACCCGCGCGGCGAGCACCUGCUCGUGGCGUCGUACGACCGGCGUCUCGUGUGGUUCGACCUCGAGCUCUCGGCGCGGCCGUACAAGACGCUGCGCUACCACGCCCGCGCGCUGCGCGCCGUUGCGUUCCACGCCUCCUAUCCGCUCUUCGCGAGUGUCUCCGACGACGGCGAGGCGCACGUGCUGCACGGCAGCGUGUACAACGACCUCGCCACGCCGCCGCUCCUGGUGCCGCUCAAGGUGCUGCGCGGGCACCGCGUCGAGCAGGGCUUGGGCAUCCUCGAUGCCAAGUGGCACCCCAGCCAGCCGUGGCUGCUGACCGCUGGCGCGGACGGCGAUGCUCGCCUCUGGACGCCGUAGUUCUUGACCUCUCGCGUAAUACUCAUGGCAUUCUAGAUAUCCUUC